AUGAGUUCCUCACUUACAUAUAUCGACCCAACCGCCACGGUGGGCUUAAUGCAAACCUUGUCGAGUGCAUUGGCGGUGGUUUCUACUGCCACAGCAAAUGCUCCUCUUUAUACCAAUUCCGAUUACAUCCGCGGAGCUACAAACUCUCUCAACAUCAUCAGUGCACAAGGCAUCUUGGCCACUGCAACGGAUGCACAAUCUCAAGCUCAAGCUACGGCGAUCAUUGAGAGUGCGAUCCUGGAUUUGGCAGCACUUAGCUUCGAUGAAAACUUGUACAAUGAGUGGUUGACUUUAUGGCCCAACGUGGUGUUCGCAGUUGUAUUUGGUAUCUUGUUGACGAUUCACGUUCUACUCACCUUGUUAUCUGGUUAUUGGUACUUUGGCGCUGUUCUUCUGAUUGGAAGUGGUCUCACCUUUGCAGGGUAUUUGUCAAGAUGCAUUUCUGUGGGUAAUGAAAGCGAUGAAAAUCCAUUCUUGUCACAGUUCAUCACUUUGACCAUUUCGCCAGCAUUCGUAAUGGCAGGUCUCUAUUACAUGUUGGGACGUAUGUUGGUGUUCCAUGGUGACCAUUUUUCUAUCAUGCGUCCCCGGUGGUUCUCAUAUAUAUUCAUUUCGUGUGAUAUCCUCUCCAUUGUCAUCCAAGCUAUUGGAGGUGGAGUGGCUGCUGGAGCUUUGUCAGAGAAACAGAGCACUCUGACGGGAACACAUACCAUGGUAGCUGGUAUUGCAUUCCAGGUGGUUUCCAUGUCGUUUUUCAUUUUCGUCUUGGCAGAGUUUGUUAUUAAAUCACUCUUCCAUAACACUAACCAGGUGCCUUUCUCGCUCAGCAACUUGUUUGCGUUACUCUUCAAUACCAAAAGAGGCAAGGAGUUGAGAGAGUUUUUGGAACCCAACUACGUUCCCAAUUACCUGGAGGUUAGACAAAAGAAACUCUUCCCCUAUGUGACCUUGUCUUUGUUUGCAGGCACAGCAUUCAUUUACAUCAGAUGUAUCUACCGUUUGGUAGAGUUGUCACAGGGCUGGAGUGGAUUCUUAAUCAGACACCAGGCGUUCUUGAUGUCGCUCGAUGCUUUGCAAGUAGCUUUCACCUGUGGAUUGAUGAUUAUUUUCCACCCAUACUUCUCAUGGGGAGCACGAAAGUUGGUGAAGUUAAGCGACCGUCUGGUCAACAACAUAGAGCUCGAGAAGAUCAUCACACGAGAUCUUGAGAACGGUUCUGUUGAUGAUGACGAGGACCAAAGUGUUUGUGGGUCGGCAAUCAACGUUCAGAUGGACAAUUCCAUCUUCAACAAUAGAGUCGAGUCAGAUCAAGACAAGAAUUUUGCGUGA